AUGGCCAGUGAAAGCAGCGCAUGUGAGACAUCGACGCACAGCGCGAUUGAAUGCGUCAAAGACAAUGAGAGCUCAUCGCCUGACGUCGACGAGCUUCGAGCAAACAUCAUCGAUGAAUGUCACGCGUGCAGCUGGGUAGAAGACUACGGCUUGAAGACGAAUACGUCAUGGGUUGUAGACUUCGUCAAGCCAACAGCAAAGUGUGAAAGGAUGGUGUUCCACAAAGUACGGCGCUGCAAAGAGGCAAAGCGGGAAAAAUCAUGUGGUGAGGCUGCAGCACACUGCCCAGCAAAGAUUGACCUCAAAAUCAAGAAGGUCAACAGAAAUACAAAACGUAAUGAGGCCUUUUUACGUGAAGAAAAGCCACUGCUGGCUGUGAUAAAGCUCUUUCAUCACAAAAACCACAGCCACAGCACUGCAGCAGCAGACGCACUUUCUCGUCUUACUCCAACAAUGCAGACCAGAGAGACCUUUUUGGCAUACUUUGACAACGGCAUGUCACCAGCUGAAGCCAUCAGGCUGCACGAGAGCAAACUGCUUGUGCAAGAAGAUGGGUAUGCCCUCGUUGCCAACUCGGCAGUGAACCCAUUGCCUCCUGCCAUAUACUACUGGCACAGGCUUUGGAGAGAAAAAAACUUUGGAAGGGAUGUAGACCCCCUCUUAAAGAUAGCUGAGAAGAUGCCACUUUAUGCUAAACAUGGCGUUGAUGUCAAACUGGGCCGCUCAGAGGAUGGCCAGUACUGGGUGGUCUUGGUUGCGACACCGAUCAUGAGACGAGCACAGCUGUUAAAUGCAGCAAAAGAAAUUAUUUUUAUUGAUUCGACAUCAUCGUGUGACACAUCACGAAGCACCGUGACUGUUCUGCUGGCAGCCACGAAUGCGGGUGCCGUACCCAUCGCGGUAUUAAUUCAUAAUUCGCAGUCAGCCCAAGGCUAUUGCACGGCCUUUACGCUUCUGAAGGACAGCUUCCCAACCUGCUUUGGAGGGCUCAGUGUAAGUUCCUUAGCCGAUAAAAACUCACAAGUUUGGAUUCUUGUCAGCGUUCAAAUUUGUGCAGGCUUUGGUGUAAAAGAACAGCAACCAUGUGUAUCUUAGUAGUUUAUAACUGGAGGCCAGAUCUUUACGCACUGCAAAAGAGUGUUUUUUGUGCUAAAUAUAAACAGGCAAAAUAAUUUUUAUAUAUCAAAAAUAGGCUGGCAAAAUUAUUUUUUAAUCCCUCAUGUCGUAAAUGAAUGCCAGGACAUCCCAACCUGUAUCUAGGACAGGAAAUAAAAAAAUGUCGCACCAUGUCAGCGCACUUGUUUGAGGUAGCCAGCACAUCCCAUUUCACCCCUGCUAGUGGCAGUUUUCCAUAACUUGGUUUACCUAGAAGAUUAGCUUAAACACCAUGGAGUUCUGAACAGUGAAUGUCGCUUGGACAUGAAUAACAGUCUGAAAAUGCACUCUAAAGAGAAAUUCGGGGUUAAAUAGUGGUAAUAUAGGUGCCAAUUGUGAAUAUAAGCAUUGAUAGUCACUUAUCGGUAGUCAGUCACAAAUGCCGAAAAUUGGCACUUAUACACCUUGUCAAUGAAGGCUUUCUGGGUGCGGCAUAAGACCCUCUAGGCUGUUGUUAACAUGCGUGAUCCCUAAAAAUUGCAGGAUUGAAGCUGCGACGUUGAGUUUAGUGCUCCAGUGCCAACAGGCAGUAUAAAAGCACUUAUCAACCUCUAAUUCAUGCUUAUAUAUCAAAAGUGGUGCGAUAGGAACACAGGGAACAAAAAAGGAAUUAGCCUGAAAUCCGCUCUCUACUUAAGACCUCUAGUAUAAGGAUAAUUUCAAAGCAUUGUGUUUUUGCUAUAAGCUUCUAUGAUGUGUUUUUCACAUUCGGUCAAUACAUAUUUUUAUUAAGUAUUGCGCACUUACUUUUCGGUACUUAAGGAGUGAUUUGAAGUAAGUUUCUACAUUAUGCUGUGUUGUGUUUCGAGGUCACUAGAAUAUACAGCAUAAUCUUUCCUUCAUUACAUAUUUGACAAAGUUUUACUUGUGUGUAGCUUUGCAUUAUGGGCCUAUCAGCCACAAGAAACAUACCAGACAACAGCACACAAAAUUUAAACAAAUAAAGGGAGUAAAAUAGGGUGACACAAAAGAAGCCAACACGAUAGGCUUGUCCUGUCUCGAAUAGCCCGCACUUCAUUUAAAAAUUAUGUUUCGCCACCUAGCCCAAAAAGUACUUUUGAGAAAAGAAAAUGUGUUAGAUAAUAUCCACAAAAUUUCUUGGGCAAUUUUCACCAAAUGAUGGCCUCAUGUGAGAGCCUAUUGCAAUUACUUUGUCGGCUGUUCUAUAUGAUUCCUUGGUUACUUGCAGUGUCCUGAAGCCUUCAUGACUAGUGUAGUGAAAGAUUUAGCAAUGCAUAUCACAAGGCUGUUGUUUCCGUUGACUAACUGUUAAAGCCAACACUGUAUCAUCUGUAAGAGUACAAUAAAAUGAGAUUGUUUUUCGUUGACUGGA